AAGAAGACGCUCUCCUGUUGCACUGGGAGGUUGGCCGGUGUUUUUCCACACAUGGUCACCCAUUUUAAGAGACAAAGGUCAGAAAGAAAACCUUAUAAAUAACAUUUACCGCCGUAAAUCUCGCUAUUCAACACCCCGUCUGCCGUACUACACUGAAGGGACUGAUCAGUUCUAAAGGAAUAAAAGAAAUUCAAGCCAAUACAGCAUGGCACAGAAAGAGAAGCUCCAGUGUCUGAAGGACUUCCAUAAGGACACGCUGAAACCUUCCCCAGGGAAGAGCCCGGGCACCCGGCCCGAGGACGAGGCAGAGGGGAAGCCUGUCCAGAGGGAGAAGUGGAACUCCAAGCUUGACUUUAUCCUGUCCGUCGCUGGCGGCUUCGUGGGUUUAGGGAACGUCUGGCGUUUCCCAUACCUCUGCUAUAAGAAUGGCGGAGGUGCAUUUCUCAUCCCGUACUUCAUCUUCCUCUUUGGCGGAGGUCUCCCCGUGUUUUUCCUGGAGGUGGCCCUCGGACAGUACACCUCCGAGGGUGGAAUCACCUGCUGGGAAAAACUUUGCCCCAUCUUUACUGGUAUUGGCUAUGCUUCGAUUGUGAUCGUGUCCCUCCUGAACAUCUACUACAUAGUGAUCCUGGCCUGGGGUUUGUAUUACCUGUUCCAGUGCUUCCAGCCGGAGCUGCCCUGGGCCAAGUGUAAAAACUCCUGGAACACAGACCGCUGUGUGGAGGACACCAUCCGCAAGAACAAGACCCUGAUGCUGGCCGCCAACAUCACCAACUUCACCUCGCCCGUCACCGAGUUCUGGGAACGUAACGUCCUUAGCAUAUCCAGUGGCAUCGAUGAAAUCGGGGAGGUCAAGUGGGACCUGGCUCUGUGUCUGCUGGGGGUUUGGGUCAUCUGCUUCUUCUGCAUCUGGAAGGGAGUCAAAUCCACUGGGAAGGUUGUGUACGUCACUGCUACCUUCCCCUUCGUCAUGCUGAUCAUUCUGUUGAUCCGCGGCGUCACUCUGCCAGGAGCAUCUGAAGGAAUCAAGUUCUACCUGUACCCAGACCUGCAACGUCUCAAAGACCCUGAGGUCUGGAUCGAUGCAGGCACUCAGAUCUUCUUCUCCUAUGCCAUCUGUCUGGGAGCUAUGACGUCACUGGGGAGCUACAACAAAUACAAAUACAACUGCUAUAGGGACUGUUUGCUGCUGGGAGGCCUCAACAGCGGUACCAGUUUUGUGUCUGGCUUCGCAAUAUUUUCCGUCCUGGGCUUCAUGGCACAAGAGCAAGGGGUGGACAUUGCCGAUGUGGCAGAGUCAGGUCCUGGCUUGGCCUUCAUUGCCUAUCCUAAAGCUGUGUCUAUGAUGCCGCUGCCCACCUUCUGGGCUAUCCUCUUCUUCAUCAUGCUUCUGCUACUGGGUCUCGACAGUCAGUUUGUGGAAGUGGAAGGACAGAUCACUUCCUUGGUGGAUCUGUAUCCCUCCUUCCUAAGGAAGGGUUACCGGCGGGAAAUUUUUAUAGCUAUAGUGUGCUCCAUAAGCUAUCUUCUGGGACUUACCAUGGUUACUAGGGGUGGCAUGUAUGUGUUUCAACUCUUUGACUACUAUGCAGCCAGCGGUGUGUGCCUUUUGUGGGUUGCAUUCUUUGAAUGUAUUGCUGUAGCCUGGGUUUAUGGCGUUGAUAAUUUCUAUGAUGCGAUUGAAGACAUGAUUGGCUACAGACCAAACCCCUGGAUGAAAUGGAGCUGGUCUUUUAUCACACCUCUUCUUUGUGUGGGUUGCUUCGUCUUCUCCUUGGUCAAAUACAAACCUUUGACGUACAACAAGGUUUACGAGUACCCCGACUGGUCCAUCGGUGUGGGCUGGACUCUGGCCCUGGCUUCUAUGAUCUGUAUUCCUAUGGUGGUGGUCAUCAAGAUCAUUCAGUCCGAUGGACCACUCAUAGAGAGGAUCAAGGCCGUGGCGGCUCCGCUGGGAGGUGCUAGCUCCCGUCCAGUCGACCACCGUCCCAAGGGCAUGUCUGCCGAGCUGGCCUACCCCCUGGACCCCAACGGGAACAACGGCCUGAUCAAGCCCACCCACACUAUUGUAGAAACUAUGAUGUGAGCGCUCUCUGUGAGAGGAACGAAUUCAAAAAAUUACCCGCUUUCUAUGUUAUUAUACUAUAUUAUCACUAAACUAGUUGUAGGACCAGGUUUACAUUGCUAUGUAUCUGCACUAGGAGUCUUCUUUUUGUUUUGUUUUCUACAGAGGAAGUUACGUUAUUGGUUUUCUGUUUCUGUUUUUAAUAUUUUUUUAUUAAACUAUUGUUAUUAAUAUUACUGUUAUUACAUUUGAUGUAGCUAGAAGGAAAUAUUAGAUUUCCAAGCCACUUGGAGCAGCAGAAUCGGUACAUGUUCCAUUUGUACUUCUUUCUUUCCUGUAGAACUGUAAGUGUCCGUCGCUAUUUUAGGAAUCGUAAAACAAACAAACAAAAGAGAAGAAAAUCCAUAAUACAAAGAAAGGUCCGUGUAAAACCGUAAGAACUAAACGUGUGUCAUGUUUUGAGCAGUAACAUUUGACUAUGUUAUGUUUGUAUCUAGAUCAACCUAGCCCCCUCUCUUCUCAGCUUAACUAAUGUCUAUAGUACGAUAAUAUCGUGGAGGUGGUGCCCCUUGUAUACAGUGAGAUUAGUCGAGUGUGUUUUGUCGUCGAUGUUUGUUGUAAAAUUACAGCUGAACCUGAACGUACCUCCACUAAGCUGCGUUCAGGGUCCAGAGCAUCUCAUCUACAGUUGCGGGCCACUAAAAAGUUAGGGUUUUAAAAUCCUGUACCGGUCUGCAGUUCUGUUUUUUUGACACAAACUAUUUGCUAGAAGGUACUUGAGCGCCUUGCAGCAAUUGUUCUGUCGGUGUAUAUAUAACACUGCAGCGCUACCUAACCUUUUUAGUGCCGGCAACUGUAACUUGUUCUGACUGUGGAGGUACAGACCUGCCUUCCCUGUACAGUGUUAAGUAUACAUACAUACAGUCAGUCCAACUCAAUUUUAAACUAGACUAUACUAUGCUGGUGAAGGACACUAUUGCUACAUACCAUCCAUCCCAGUGCAUAGAGUAGCUACAUCAUACGUGUUUAAAGUCCGUGAUUUAUUCUUUGCACUUAAUAAUGAAGUGAGUUUUCCUUUAUUCUUAGAGGACAUGACAUAGUGGCAAGUAAAUAAUAAUCACAAAACAUCACAAUGUAUAAAUAUCUAAAGAACCUGCCAUAAUGACUUUAUGCAUUAAUGUAAACUCCCCCAUACAGUAAAUAUUGAUCAUUUAAGGAACCAUUCAAAAUGCAAGCAGACCGCUUCUCAAUCACAUUAAUCAGAUCUUUCUAUUGAAUUUCUGCAGGCUAGGUCAAUGUACAUUCUGAUGUAAUGAUAAUAAAUAUGGUAAUUAAUUAAUAUA